AUCCGCCUAGCCGUAGCCAAUCCGUUCGCAGACAAACAUAUCGUUUGAGACUUGCGCAACUUGCGUUCGCCGAGCGCGCUACAUCAAAAGGAAGCGUUUAAUUUUCGUGUGUAAAUGACGUUAGACAACGGUGUCUGCAGUUAGAAUUCACAGGUUGCUCAUUUGUGCAAGAAGUACAGAAAACUCCGCUGACGCAGCAAUGCGGCCUGUUGAGAUAUUUGUUUUGGAACAUGCACUGAAGUAUCAGAUGGGAAACGCUGUCAAAGCACUUCGUGGCCGCGGCAACAAGCAGACAAUAGUUUACAACCUGAGCUCUCCAUACAUCUGCCUGAUGUACCUGAUCCACAUCUUCAACGGCUACCUGACGUCAACGUACAAGACCAUCUCAACCUGGGAUCCCGCCGUGCUCAAAAUCCUGGUGGACGUCUUCCAGGACAUGUACUCCCGGGAGAAGUUCACCUCCGAGAAGGUCCUCGUCCCACUCAUCUUGAGGGCAAGGCUGCUGGAGAUCAUUGUGUACGCCGAGAAGUCGCUGCCCCCUGGUUUUGUGCUUGAGAAGUUGGAUUCUUACUUUCCGCAGCCCGAUGAAAGUGCCUGGAACGACUUUGCCCAGAAGUAUUCGCUCAAGGGCAAGUCCUUGGAGUGGCUGAUGGACACCUGCAAGAAGUCCCGCCAGUAUGUGAUGAAUUUGGUGAUCAAGAAGAAGAAACUGGAGAGCGAUUCUAAGGACCUCGAAGGGUUCGUGGUGACCGUGAGAAAGCUCGUAGAACGCAUCACAACGGACCUCUCAAAGACAAUUCCACAAACGGGGCUGGAGAAGGUACGGCCUGCCCCAUUCUUUCCUCAGUGUUGUCCCAGCAUGUCUUCAUCUCAGCAUUACCUUCUCCCAAUCCUUUCGGAUGAGAAACUUCAGCUAGACCCCGACACGGAACAGAUCAUCCAGACAGUGAUGAGCAAGGACCAUCCCAUUUCGGAAAAGCAGCUGCUCCGACUGCUGGAGCUUCAGGAGUCCAUCGAACACCCGCUGGAGCUCGACUCCCUUAUGGACACGCUUUGA